AUACUUACCUCAGUUUUUUUGCUAAAUUUAGACUAGAAUUUAAAUUAGAAAAGGUUUUAGGAAUCGCUUACACAUGGAAUGCUAUCCUUCUGCUUGACGAAGUGGAUAUUUAUCUAGAAAGACGUAGUACAUCCGACAUUAACCAAAUUUGGACAAAUUUAAGCAAUCGUGCCAAACUUAAUUUCAAAAUAACUGCUCAAAUUCUUGACAAAAAAUUAAAUGGUCGAGCGAUUCGUAAUGUUCUUCACAUCGCUCGAAUGUUUGCUGAAAGUGAAGAAGAAGAUUUAACAUCUGAACAUGUUAUUACGAUUAUUGACAAUUACAAGAAAGAUUUAGAUCAGCUGGGCAUUGCACCCUAA